AUGUAUAGGAAUACCGCUUCGCUCACGAGCAAUAACGUAGCCUCCGGGCCACAGAUGCCGCCGGAGAAGCAUAAUAGUGACUCGGAACCCGACUAUUCGGAGAUAUUGGUUCGGAAGCGCCAACAGAUCGAUGCUGAGGUCGCAGAAUUCAAGGCGGCCAAAGAGAAGGAGUUUCAAGAUUUUGAGAGGAACCUUCGGAAGCAGAGACAAAGGCGAAAAAGGCAGUCCAGGCCUUCCAAGACUGGCGAGAGCGACCCCAGACCAGGAGCGUUGAGUUUGCUGGCGCUGCCAAAUAAGCACGGCGUCCACACCAAUGGCAGUGCUGACCUUUCUCGACAAACUGAUCUUGCUGCGGGAUCUCGUCCAACUGCGCCACUGAGCAAGCCGACCACUGGCGUUGAGAAACUGAGCAUAAAAGGCGAAACCCUCAAACGGUCAUCCCUUACGCUCGCUUCGCCACCCUCACCAACUUCGCCUUCAGCACCGUUGAAAGCAGUUUCUCAGCGCCCACCUACACCAGGUGAAUCAGCAACUAGAGAAAGGCUUGGGUUCCUAGCCCCUUCCGAGAAGCCGCCUCUGACUCCGCCAACACCUACGAACGAAACGCUUGACCCCUUUGCUGGGGUGUUCACACCAGCGUACCUACCUCUUCUUGAGUCUCGGUCCUCGACAAGCACUGUCAGCGGCAGCGACACUCCAUCACGGCAUGGCUCGAUAUCGCUCCCAGGCUCAGCAUCGAACUCGAUAUCGCCACUGCGUCGCUCCGGGAGAGCCCUGACCGAGCCUGUCAUCCCAAGCACAUCCUUGCCAUCGGCGCUCAGAACCGCUUCCGGCACCGCGAUGCGGAAACGCAAGCAUGUCACAUUCCAGCUAGCCGACUCGGCGAUCGUAGAGCCCAGCAGCAGCUACGAGGAGAUGCCGAGCCCAAGUCCCAAGGACGAGGGAGGAGUGGAGGAUGGUAUUGACGGACUGCUUCGAGCCGACAGGCAUUCGGACGAAGACGAGCCUGCGCCAACCCAAGGGCUCGCCAAGGCCGUGCCUUCCCCUACGCUGAGAGGAAGACUUGAACAGCGAGGGGGAGUGGUACCAGGCGAUCUCACGGGUACCGUGGACGGAGGCGCCGGCGUCGGCUUCUUCGAACUGGACGAGGAGUUGAGCUCGCCCGCUCUCGAUGCGGCAGAGCCGUUCGUGGAGGACUCGGAGGACGAAGCGAGCAGUCCUAUCGAAACCCGCAAGGAUGACACAUUGAGUGCGACCGAGGAGAAGGCGCUGCUUACCUAUGAGUACGGCGGAAGCGUCCCGAUUGACAUCGUCAGGCCGAGUAGCUCGUGGGUGGGCAGCUUCGGACACUGA